AUGACCGUUAACUUUGAAUUCAUAACUAUGGCGUGGGUUGAUAAAAUGAUACCAAUUAAAUGUUUUCUUAACAACAUAAUGAUCAGUGAACGAGAAGAAGAUUUUGAAAGUUGGAGAAAAGAAUUUCAACAAGAAAGAUUAUUACGUAUUGUUCGUGAACGAGAAAUAAUGAAGGAAACAGCCAAACGAUGCAAAGCCUAUCAAUAUCGAGAGCAGGAAGCAAAUGAAGCAAUAGAACGUCGACGUCAAUCAAUACUUGCUCAACGAAAAGCUGCUACUGUACAAGCAACAAUGCGUUUUCAACGUGGAUUACAAGGAUUUACAGUAAUGGAUCCUGAUAAAUUUGAGAAAGCUAUAGAGACUAUAACGGGCAAUAAAGCAUCAUCACGUUCGACGCCAAGGCAACGGCGAAAUCAAAAUAAACUUUCAUCAUCUCCAGCUACGUUUCGUCGUUCAAUUUCAAUGGAAGAACUUUAUACUAGACAACACCAGUCACAACAACAAAUCAAUACUACAAACCCACAUGCACAUCGAACAGAUUAUAAUAAUAAUCAACCACAUUUAACUCGGACAAAUUCAGCAACAUAUUUUCCACAUGAUAAAGAAUUUCAAAACAAUAAUGCAAUUCAAUAUACAUCACCACUGCAUGAAGUUCAAAGAAAAGUGUUAACUGAUUUUGCUGCUCAAGUUCAAUCAACUUUUCACAAUGGUAGCUCCGAACAACAUCAAAAAAUUUAUCAGACACCUUCAGUAAGACAAAUCACAACAGUUGCAUCUAAUAAUGGACGACGAAGCGAUUUUGAUCAAACAACAUGGGAAAAUGAAAGUAUGGACAGUCUAGAAAAUGAAAAUCGUCUUUAUCCUCAGUUAAUUGAAAAUAAUCAUCAGAGAAUACCCGGACCGAUUGUAAAAACGAGCAAUGUUCUUAACGUUUUGACAAAACAACAACAAUUAAAUAUGGCGCCGUUGAAACAUUCUAUUCAACCACAAUCGACAAAAGAAGACGCCGAUACAGCAGCCGCACUCAGACGAAGUUAUCACGAAAGUUUUUUUGUUAAAAAUACACCGGUAACAGCUGAUGAACAAGUGAAAGCAUGGCUAGGUGCUACAACAAAUGGAACAGUGACAAAUAAUACAAACACAAAAGCGAAAACAUCAUCAUUAGAUGGUGGCGAUAGUAUCCGAUCAGCCAAUGGAAGAUUAAGAAGUAUUCUCAAACGGUCACCAUCCGUAGACAGUACCAACGAUUUAGAAUGUGUUGUUUUACAAACAAAAAGAGUACCAAACACCAAAACAAGUCAUGUAUCUCGGUCUUCGUCGUCCAAUCAACAUGCACUGGGAGAUAAAGUACGAUUGAAAGAUAGCCUCGAAGUUAUCAAUACAAAACUUCUCAAAGGUUUAGAUACAAAAAAUAAUUCAUUGGACAAAAAGAAGACGGUCAGAUUUGCUCAAGAAGCAUUGCUGAGUGAACGUUGUGCAUCAGAUACAUUAUUAAUGAGACAAAUGGAUUAUUUUGAUGAUGAUACCCAUACUCCAAUACGUCGAGUGCAAUCAGCUGGAAUUGGCGCGUCAUCAUCUCAUCGGAAUAAAACAUUUCCUUUAAAAGAUGAUAGAGUUCGUCCAGCAGCCCUAAAACAAACACAACAACAACAUGUCAACGAUAAUCAAGCUGCUAGAGCAGUUGAUCAACGUCUUGAAACUGGUUCACAAUAUUCAGAAUCUUCAUCACAUGCAAGUUCAAAACCACCUAUUCAUCCGUCAACAUUAAAUCGUGGUUAUUAUGGUAUUGGAAUGAAACAACGUGAACUCCGAACAAAAUUACAUAAAACACGUUAUGCGCAAGCGUUAAGACAAACAAAUUCGCCAUUUUAUGAUAAUCAUACUAACAGUCAAACAAGUCCAUCAAUGACAAGACGAACAUCGGAAAAUGGAAAUGAUCCAUCAGAAACAACUCAUAAUGAAAAUAAAAUGAAUAAUAUACCAUCAGCGAACUCGAAACACAUGAUGGAUGAUGAAAAUGAUUCUGUUUUCAGUGAACUUCGCGUAUGUAUGAGUUCAACAGCAAUACCAGAUUAUUCAAAUAACGCUAAAAACACUCAUGAAUUGACAACAAAUGGAAACAAUCGAAAACAAAUUUAUCCAGCACCUCAACAAACUAUGCCAAUACAAAGUAAAGUAUUAGAAGAUAAAUUAAACGGAUCCAGUAGAUCAAAAAAUCAAACUCCAUUGGGUUUAUCAGCUGAAGAGAAACGAAUUCAACAAUCAUUGGAUCGUUUAGAUUUACAAUUGAAACGUACGCUUGUUAUUGAAUUUCAUCUUUACAUGCUCUUAUCAUGUGUUUUUCUAUUUUCAGAAGUUCAAACUAAAACGAAAUCACAAAAAACACACAAACGUUGA